CGGCCCGGAAGUGAAAACGGGGGAAGGAAAUAAAAGGCGGGCGAGUGAACGUCGCAACUGUUUGGUCUUUUUUUUUUAAUGUUAUGGCCUCAACCUCCUCAACCUUCUCUUCUUCAGCCACCAUUUCCACCCUAAAACGCCGCAAGUCGUCGCUUUGUUCUCGGCUAACUUUAGCAGGCUGGCUAAGUCGCUAGCAGAGCAACUGAUGACAACAAACCUGGCAGGCUGCAGACAUGUCGCUGCGUGAGCAGAGAGACAGAAUCCAACAAGAAAUUGAAGACUUGGAAAGAAGUUUGGGCGCCAACAACUCUGAACUAGAUCUUCUUAGCACUGACUCAGAUGAAGAGUCCACUGUGGACACAGACGAGGAGGUGGGCCAGGUGGCUGCAGAUCUUCUGGCUGAGAGAGACAAGGUCCAGAGUGAAAUUCAGAACCUGGAGAAUGUCUUGGGACCGCACAGUCCCAUCAGCGUGUCAGAUGACGACAGCAGCAGCAGCAGCAGCGACAGUGAGGUGGGUCUGUCCAUGUCAGUGGAAUCCUGUCUUCAGAUGAACCUGGUCUACCAGCAAGUCCUGCAGGAGAAACUCCAGCAGCUGGAGACGCUAAUGACUUACAACCUGAAACAACAGAAGGAGGUUUUGUCUGCCCUAGGCGCACCAAUCACAGAAGAGCCCGCCCCCUCCUCGUACCCCAGGCACACCCAGCCCUUGUUCCUGGGUCACUUCCUGAAGCCGUACUUCAAAGACAAAGUCACGGGUCUGGGUCCUCCGGCCAAUCAGGAGACCAAGGAGAAGAUGACCAAGAUGAAGGGUUGCCUGGACAACAACAAGAUGAAAGUCAGACGAUGGGAGGGUUGGCAGAAGACCUUGCUGAUCGACUCCGUGUCCAGGGACAGUCUGCGGAGACACAUCCAACCUAAACUGUCCAGCGUGGACUACCUGACUCAGAAGUUGUCCUCUGCGGACGAGGCCAGUAAAGAUCAGAUCAGAGCCAACAUCGAAAGUCUGGAGAAGGAAAUUGAGGCCAUCAGAGCGAAGAAGAAGGAGACGCUGAUCGGAGAUCAGUUUGAGGACCACGACUGGCAGAAGAUCGCCAACGUUGACUUCGAAGGACAGAGAGAGGCGGACGACGUCCGUCUUUUCUGGCAGAACUUCCUCCACCCGGCCGUCAACAAGAGCCGCUGGAGCGCGGAGGAAGUCCAGAAGCUGAAGGAGAUCAGUGGGAGACACCAGGAGAGACACUGGGACCUCAUAGCCGAGGAGCUGGGGACGGGUCGCACCGCCUUCAUGUGCCUUCAGACCUACCAGAGGUUCAUCUCAGACUCGCUCAAGCGCAAGAAGUGGACCGAGAGCGAAGACGAGAGGUUACGGGAACUGGUGGACAAGAUGAGGAUCGGGAACUUCAUCCCGUACACGCAGAUCAGUUACUUCAUGGAGGGCCGAGACACGCCGCAGCUCAUCUACCGGUGGAGCCAGGUUCUGGACCCCACUCUGAAGAAAGGGACCUGGACCCCGGAGGAAGACGAGAUGUUGCUGAGGGCCGUGAAACGCCACGGAGAGAAGAACUGGUGGAAGAUCCGCUUGGAGGUUCCUGGACGGACCGACGGGGCCUGCAGGGACCGAUACUUGGACUGUUUGAAGGAGGGAACCAAGAGAGGUGCUUUUGAUGAUGACGAGCAGGAACUUCUGAUGAAGCUGGUGGACAAACAUGGAGUUGGUCGCUGGGCGAAGAUCGCUGCUGAGAUUCCCAACAGGAACGACGCUCAGUGUCUGAGAGAGUGGAAGAAGACGAUGAGACACUUGAGAGCACCUCAUUUACAACAGAGAAAGCAGAAUCCGUCAAAGCGCUCCAAAACGACGAAGGUGAACCAGAAGAUCAGGAAGCGGCUGUUGAACAUCAAGCUGGAUGAGACGAGCGAGGAGGAGGAGGAGGAAGAGGAGGAGGAGGAGGAGGUGGAGUACAUGGACAGUGAUGAUGAUGAUGAUGCCAAGGUGAAGUUGAAGGACACAGUGAAAGUCAGAGAGAAGGAGAAGAAGAAGGAGCAGGUGGACUUCUCCAUGCUUCCAAUGCCUGGAUGGAUUCCUGAAGAAAAGAAUCAUCUUCUUUCCGGCUUGCUGGUGGUGACGCUGCAGUCCUCCUCUGACUCCUCCCACCAUCGCACGCCAGUCCGCUCCACCGUUGUGGGCAGGUUUGGACGCUCCGUGGUGGUGGGCCCGCCCCCCCGGGAACUGCGGGUGGAGGAGCGACAGAGCAGCGAGGUGAUGCUGAUGAUGUCACACGGGCAGCUGCGGAGUCGACUGACUAAGAUGGCGCUUAGGUUCAAGAAGCUUCGCCGCGUGACGGACACGGGCCUGGACUACCAGCUGCAGGCGGCGGUCUCGCCGUGGAUCGGGAAUGUGCUGAUCCCGAGCGAACCCGUAACCACGCUGGCCGACGCCCUGGGAGAGUGCCGCACGGAGACCUCGGUGAGCUCCACCCCUGUCUUCCUGCUGCUCCUCCACGCCAUGAACGUGGACGCCGCCGGCUGCCGGGACGUCAUCCAGCGGCGAAAGGACAAUUUGGUGCCGGUGGCUCCGCCCCCUCAGCCGCCUAUGGGGUCUCGCAACCCCAAGACGGUGGCGGGUAAGCUGCAGCUGCUUUGGGCUGCCCGACAAACGCCUCCAGAUGUGAAGCCGCCACCGACGCUUCUACUGCAACAGGCUCCGCCCACUCACCCCACGUUUCCUGCCAUCCACCUGGUAGCCUCCGUGGCCACGCCCUCCUCUUCUCCAAGCAGCCCUUUUUCCAUUCAGCUCAUCUCCUCCCCGCCACACCAGGCCUGCCCCUCCUUGGUGACACCGCCUGUAGCUCCGCCCCCGACGGCCACCAUGCAGGCUCCUCCCAGCCAAACGGCACUUGAACUGUCCGUCAAUCACGACCAUGCCAGCAUUGUUAAGAGUCGUCGGCCCGCCCCCAAAGCAGCGUCCACAGGUAAGCAAGGGCGGGACACGGAGCGUGUGGGCGGAGCUUCCACGCCUGUCAUCCGGGAAGGAAAGCGAGUCCGGAAGUUAAGUCAGAAAGCUAUCCAAUCACAGGCGUUGGCCAACGGGAAGAAGAGGAAGGGCGGCGCCAUGCCACCCCCCACAAAGGUUCAGGUGUUAUCCUCAUGGACUCCGAGUCAGCAGGUCCAGCUGGGGCAAGCUCCGCCUCCAAAUGUAAUUUUGAUUGGGCCAAGUGGCCCUCAGCCUAUACCUAUAUGGCCCCGCCCCCCAGGCCUAAUCUUACAACCAGCCGGGGGCUCCUCCCCGUUAAUCCCCCCCAGACCGCCAAGUGGAUCCUUACCCUUGAUCCGUCCCAGGCCGCCAGGUGGAUCCUUCCCCUUGAUCCGUCCCAGGCCGCCAGGUAACUCCUCCCUCUUAAACUCUCCCAGACCACCAGCUAGCUCCUCCCCUUUAAUCUCCCCCAGGCCGCAAGGUGGCGCCUUCCCCUUAAUAUGUCCUAGACUGCCAGGUAGCUCCUCCCCCUUAACCUCUCCCAGGCCGCCAGGUAACUCCUCCCUCUUAAACUCUCCCAGACCGCCAGCUAGCUCCUCCCCUUUAAUCCCCCCCAGGCCGCAAGGUGGCGCCUUCCCCUUAAUAUGUCCUAGACUGCCAGGUAGCUCCUCCCCCUUAACCUCUCCCAGACCGUCAGGUGGCUCCUCCCCCCUCACCUGCCCCCCGGCUCAAAACGUCGGCCUGCCAGCCGGGACCCAGGUGCUGAACCUUGACCCCUCUCUGAUCUUCCCGGAGUCCAAGGCGGAGGUUUAUGAUUGGCUGAGUGGACAGGGGGGCGUGGCGGUUCCUGAACUGGGCGUGGCUCUUCCUUACCUGCCACCCUUCGUCAGCAAUCUGAGCACGCUCAGUGUGCUCCUGCGUGCCAAAGCCGCGCUGACCAAGACCGCCAAAAAGCUGUUGAAAAAAGCGCCGCGGGCACAAUCACUGACGACCCCACAGGCCACGCCCCCACAGCUGCCAGGAACCACCGAUCCCUGUGUGUACGCCGACGAGGAGGCGGAGCUAAUGCUGGCAAUACGUGAGCUGGUGAAGGAGCGCUUCGGCGGCAACCCCGCCUACCGGAUGCUGAGGGCCCGCUUCCUGUCUUGCUUCACCCUCCCGGCCGUCCUGGCGGCCGUGCAGCCCGUCGCCACGGCAACGCCGCCCCCAGGGGCCAGCGAGGACGAGGAAGAGCAGGAUGAAGAGGAGGUCGUAAAGACGGCGAACAGAAGUCGGAGAGUUAAGGCGUCCGGCGCCUUGUCUCAGGACCAGGGGUCCGGCACCUUGUCUCAGGACCACUCGGGACCUCCGGCCAGUCACUUCUCAGGAGUCAGCGCCACUGUGGGCGUCCAAUGAGAAGCUUUGUUCUUUAGCUUCAGCGCGUAAGACUCAAGAGUUCAUUUUUCAGACGUGAAUUGUGUCCCUGAAUGCAUCACCACUGUUUGGUUUUAUUUUGCUUUCACUGAGUUAUUUAAGGAAGCGUUCCUGUCUUUGCAAAUAAAGUUUAUUGGAAGUUGG